UACUACAAAGCUGCGAAUCCCUUUCAGUUUUACUAUAUUGUUGGCUAUAGCCAGUUGAUGGAGUCGGAAGUUUCUAGAAAUCCAUGGCGAGUGCUGGAGUUCUACAGUGGAAUUGGUGGCUUGCGGUAUUCUCUGCUUAAAGCCGCCGUCAACGCCACUGUUGUGGAAGCUUUCGACAUAAACGACGUCGCUAAUGACGUUUACCAGCACAACUUCGGUCACCGGCCUUUUCAGGGUAACAUUCAGACUCUGAAUGCCGCUGAUCUUGACAGCUACAAUGCUGAUGCUUGGUUACUUUCUCCUCCUUGUCAGCCAUAUACUCGACAAGGACUCCAGAAAGGUUCUAGUGAUGCACGUGCAUCAUCAUUUCUUAAAAUUCUGGAACUUGUACCACAGUUAUUACAGCCUCCAUCGUAUCUUUUUGUGGAAAAUGUUGUAGGAUUUGAGACUUCUGAUACCCAUGCGAUAUUGGUCGAUAUAUUGGAAAAGAAUAAUUUUGUUACACAAGAAUUUAUUUUGAGUCCACUGCAAUUUGGACUGCCAUAUUCUCGGCCUCGUUAUUAUUGCUUGGCCAAGAGGAAGCCUUUAUCCUUUGAAGUCCCUGAAUUUAACAAUCAGCUUCUUCGGACCCCCGGUCCUUUACUUGGGCAGACUGAAAGCACAAUGGAAAAGGAACAGCUGCUGUCACCAGAGUACUGGGAUGAGCUGCUUCAAGCUUGUCAACCUGUAGACGAUUUUCUAGUAUUUAGAACUUUUGGUAAUCGGAAGGACUCAUCAACUUACUCUUUCCAUGCUAAUGAUUCUGUAAAAUCAGAUAGAAGUGAUGAGGAAAAUGAUGUGUACUUUGUUCCAUCAAGCCUGAUUGAAAGAUGGGGAAGUGCCAUGGAUAUUGUUUAUCCUCAUUCAAAGCGUUGCUGUUGUUUUACAAAAAGCUAUUACAGAUACGUGAAGGGUACUGGCUCCCUGUUGGCAACUGUCCAGCCUACAUUUCAGGAAAGAACAGUGAAUAGAACGCCUUCACUGCAGGGUCUGUCUCUUAGAUACUUCACGCCUAGGGAGGUUGCGAAUUUGCAUUCUUUUCCAGACGACUUCCAGUUUCCACAACACAUCAGUCUUCGCCAAUGUUAUGCAAUGCUAGGAAAUAGUUUAAGUGUGGGAGUGGUUGCUCCAUUGCUUCAAUAUCUCUUCACCAACCCUUCAUGAUUAUGCUAUUACCUGAAGCUCCAUCUUUACAAGUUUUACUGGAUAAAAAU